AUGCGCUCCGGGUGCUUAUCGCUGUCUGUGGGGUUUCUGUUGUGGACCCCGGCGUCCAGCAGCAACCGCUCAGAGCAGCUCUUCACUGGGAACUGGUCGGAGCUGGUCGGUGUGAACAGCAGCUCCGGGACAGAGCCGCGGACGGAGCCACCGCGCGCGCCUCACCGUCCAUUUUCUCCGUACACCAUGGUGCUCCUCGCGCUGCUCAUGACCCUGCUCGUUGCCGCCACCGUGCUGGGCAACGCGCUCGUCAUCCUGUGUUUCCUGGUGGAGAAAAGACUCAGGAACAGAGGAAACUUUUUCUUUCUAAAUUUGGCCAUAGCGGACUUUCUCGUCGCGGGAUUUUGCAUCCCAGUGUACAUACCAUAUGUCUUAACUGGAGAGUGGAGGAUGGGCAGAGGGCUGUGUAAACUGUGGCUGGUGGUGGACUACACACUCUGCACAGCAUCUGUCUUCAACAUCGUCCUCAUCAGCUUCGACCGCUUCAUGUCCGUCACCAAAGCUCUCAGCUACCAGUGCCAGAAAGGCAUAUCUCGUGGAGCUGUGCUAAAGAUGCUCAGUGUCUGGCUGGCGGCCUUCCUUCUCUACGGACCGGCCAUCAUCAGCUGGGAAUAUGCCACCGGCCACAGCGUGGUGCCCGAUCAUCAGUGCCAUGCCGAGUUUUACUUCAACUGGUACUUCCUCAUGACCGCCUCUAUGUUUGAGUUCUUCACGCCUUUCAUCACCGUCACCUAUUUCAAUGUCAGCAUCUACUUGAACAUCCGCAGAAGGAACCUGAUGAGAGGCGAUGACAGGAUUGGCAAUGAGGGAGGGACGCCACCAGCUGGAAGAAGGGUAUCAGAGAUGGAGGAGCUGAGUGGAGGAGCAGAGGGAAGAGGCGCAGGAGGAGUCCAGCAGCAGGUCUUCUUUGUCCGCACUGUUGCAGCUGAGGGCCGCAGAGUGAGGAUUGCUGAGGCCUCCGUCAGCAGACCAGGCAGUUCCCGCAUUCCCGCUGCUUGUAACGCGACAAAGGUGGUGAACAGCAGGGAACGUGGGAGUCCUGCGGGGUCCGAAGAGCUCCCACCGCUCCAAGUGGGAGAAACGGUGGAAAACUUCCAGAAUGUUCCUGCCGCUAAACUUUAUCCCACUGAACACCAUCAACCUCCAAGGGGUGGACACCGCCGACGCUUAGACAGCCGGCUCCGCCUGUCCAGGGAUAAGAAGGUGGCCAAGUCCCUGGCAGUGAUUGUGUGUGUGUUUGGUCUUUGCUGGGCGCCAUACACCCUGCUGAUGAUCAUCCGGGCAGCCUGCCAUUCAAGGUGCAUUCAGCACUACCUGUAUGAGAUCUCCUUCUGGUUGCUAUGGCUCAACUCCUCUAUCAACCCGGUACUCUAUCCACUGUGCCAUACCAGCUUCAGACGAGCCUUCAGUAAAGUGCUCUGCCCCAUCAAGGCCAAGAUACAGCCACAGUAUACGGAACACAAUUUCUAG